CACUGACUGCGCGGCGAGGGUUGGAGGGAGGAGCCAAUCAAAAGUCAGGGCUUACUGGGCUUAGAAGAGGGGUGGGCCGAAACGCUGCAACUCGGACCUCACCUGGUCUUGCUGCAGCAGCUGGAGCACUGGGCUGCGGAGAGUGGGUCCACCUCUGGACGUCGAAUCGUGGUGGUGAGCAGAGGUGGGGAAAGCAAAGACAUAAUGUCAAGUGGAGAUGAUGAGCAAUCACAGGCUCUUGCCAAACCAACUUUCACUGAGGUACAAGCUUCUGCGGUAGUUGAAUCAGUAUUUGGGUUAAAAGUUUCUAAGAUCCAACCACUUCCCAGUUAUGAUGACCAAAACUUUCACGUUCACAUUUCAAAAAUUAAAGAUACUUCAGAUGGCCCAAUUGAAUAUGUUCUCAAAAUAAGCAACACAGAAGCCAGCAAAAAUCCAGACCUGAUUGAAGUGCAGAAUCACAUCAUCAUGUUUCUGAAAGCAGCUGGAUUUCCAACGGCCUCCGUGUGUCGCACUAAAGGAGACAACACAACCUCUCUUAUGUCUGUAGAUAGUGGCACUGAAAUCAAAAGCUACUUGGUGAGGCUACUGACUUACCUCCCGGGAAAACCUAUUGCUAAGAUUCCUGUCAGCUCCCAGCUGUUAUAUGAAAUUGGAAGGCUAGCUGCCAAAUUGGACAAGGCUUUGGAGCUGAACGACCAUGACAAGCAGAAGGGAGGAAGAUACACCAAGCCAAUUGACGGUUCCUUUUGGAAAAAUUGUACCACUGAUGACAUCAUCAGCAAAAAUACCCCAACACUACCACAAGUCAAUGCACCAACAGAUAGUUCACAAUGCAUACAGAAAUUCCAUCACCCAAAGUUAAGUAAUCUUCAUCGGGAGAACUUCAUCUGGAAUCUGAAAAACAUUCCUCUUCUGGAGAAAUAUGUGGAUGCCUUGGGCCAGAAUCGAAAUCGGGAGAUUGUUGAGCAGGUCAUUCAGCUGUUCAAGAAAGAAGUAAUGACCAAAUUAAGUCAUUUUCGAGAAUGUAUCAAUCAUGGCGAUCUUAACGACCAUAACAUUUUAGUAGAGUCCAGCAAGUCAGCCUUUGGAGAUGCUGUAUAUCAAGUAUCUGGGAUUUUAGACUUUGGAGACAUGAGCUAUGGCUACUAUGUGUUUGAAGUGGCAAUCACCAUCAUGUACAUGAUGAUUGAAAGCAAGAAUCCUAUACAAGUAGGAGGUCACGUUCUUGCAGGGUUUGAAAGUAUAAUCCCACUGACAGCUGUAGAGAGGAGUGCUUUGUUUUUACUUGUAUGUAGUCGAUUUUGUCAGUCACUUGUCAUGGCUACAUACUCUUGCCAACUACACCCAGAGAAUAAAGAGUAUCUCAUGAUUACUGCAAAAACUGGGUGGAAACAUUUACAGCAAAUGUUUGACAUGGGCCAGAAAGCAGUAGAAGAAAUCUGGUUUGAAACUGCCAAGUCCUAUGAAUCUGGGAUCUCUUUGUGACUACAUAAUUAAAAAUGAAUUGAUCUGUUAAUUAAUUGAUGGAACGGAUCAGUUCACUUUUAACUAUGUGCAUUUGUAGUGUGUGUGUGUGUGUGUGUGUGUGUGAGAGAGAGAGAGAGAGAGAGAGAGAGAGACAGAGAGAGACAGAGACAGAGACAGAGACAAAGAAAAGAUACCAGAAAUUAAACCCAGGGGCACUCUACCACUGAGCUGUAUCUCCAGCCCUUUAUAUUUUUUAAGAGAGAGUCUUGUUAAGUUUCUGAAGCUGGCCUCAAACUUGUGAUCCUCCUGCCUCAGCCUCUCAAGUAGCUCAGAUUACAGGUGUGUACCACUGCACUCGGCCCUACCUUAUUAAUUUUUUAACAAGAUAUAAUAUAAGCCAAUAUUUAAUGAGCACUAAGUAUUUUACAUGCACUUUAUCAUUUAAUCUUCAUAACUAAUCCAUGAAGGAAAUAUUGUUAUGAUGAAUUCCUGUUUCCAGAUAAGGAAAUAAGGGUUUAAAAAGUUGAAUUAAUUUAGUCAAAGAGACCCACAGCUUACAUCAGGUCUUUCUGAUAUAGCCUAUGUUCCUAAUCACUACAGGAUUCAAUAUAGCAUACUCUACUUUUUCCCUUCUCUCUGGUCUCUCCACCUCAGCCCCUACCUCUACCUUCCCCCACAUGUGUUAAGAGGAACAAAUGAGAUCAUUCACAUGAAAGCACGUACGCUUCUCAAACUUAAGGGAUUGUGGUUUUUAUCUAAUCUGACCACUGAAGAAGCUGGGGACCAGAAAAAUAGACUGAAACUUUGAUUUUGCUCCUAGACCUGUGUUCAUCCUGUUAUAUAACAAAAUCCUGCAGAUUUUCCUCUUGAUUGCUCUUACUAACAUUCUUUCACUGAAUUCCUAAUGAAAAUAUUGCUGACCACUAUUUCAGUAUUUAAAUAAUGCUGCAUUAUGUUGAUAAUUUACUAUUUGGGGUUUGUUCUAGCUUAUCUCUAAUCAAUCAAUUCCAUGUAGUUUAUACAUUCUUCAUUGGCUGUGAUGGUUAAUUUUAAGUAUCAGUUUGACUGGGUUAAGGGAUACCCAGACAGCAUUAAUUUGGGGUGUGUCUGAGAGGGUAUUUCUGGAAGAGAUUGACAGUUGAAUCAGUGGACUGAAAAGGGAAGAUCUCUUCUCACCAAUGUGGGUAAGCAUCAUCUAAUCAUUUUGGGGCCCAUAUAGAACAAAAAGGCAGAGGCAAGAUGAAUUCAGUCUCUCAUCUGGAGCUGGAAUAUCCAUCUUUUCUUGCCCAUGGACAUAUACACUCCAAGUUCUUCGCCUUCAGACUCCAGGACUUAUACCACCCCCCCACGCCCCCCCACGCCCCGCCCCCAUUUUCAAACUGAAAGUUAUAUCAUCAACUCCCCUGGUUCUCAGGCCAUUGGACUCACACUGAAUUAUACCACUGGCUUUCCUGAUUCUCCAGCUUGCACAUGGCGUAUGGUGGGAUUUCUUGGCCUCUGUCUUAAAAUAAUAAGUUCCCAUGUAACUUUCCAUAAUAAAUUCCCUCAGAUCUGUC